AUGAAGGUGUUAUAUUUGCUGGUCUCGUUGGUAGUGAUUGCAAACGCAUUGGUUAUUUCCGAUUCUCAUGUUGCCUCGUCAUGUAUAUAUUUUUUCAGGAAAAAGUCCUGGGAUUGCAAUUCUGCAUCUGCUGGCCACAUGAAUUCCAAUAUCUGGAAUUGCCAAUGCCUAAAUAUCGAAUGGUUGGGAUCCAUAACUAACUGCAUCAACGACUACUCGAACUCCACCAAAGAGCGUGACCAUGCGUAUGAGCAUAUUCGCAUAAGAUGCAACGGGAAAGCUAAAACCAACUACACCUUGGACGAAAUGAAGGAGUAUCAGCUGAAUGCUACGAAAUAUUUAGAGAGUGCUGAUUUAUUUCCAAAGGGAACAAAUGUCACCACUCCUAUUGAAGUUGAUGCCAAGAGCUUUGCAUGGUGGUAUAAAACUUUCAGAGAUUACAAUUAUUUUAUCUCAAUGUGUCAAAGACUAGGUUGGGGAUGUGUUGGUUUCUGGAUCGGUAUCGUCGGACUAAGCGGGAUUUAUAACUACGUUGGCUAUAAAUUCAUUCCAUACUCUACAAGACAAAUUUUCAAUAGACAUUUGACUUAUCGUUAUGACGCAUAUUGCUUUGGUUUGAAUAGACUAGAACUUCUCAUUUGCUUUCUAUUCUUUGUCCAGGUGUUGUUAAUGUGUUGCAUCAACUAUUCUUUGGAGCUCAACUCCUAUUUAUAUACCCGUUGGUUCCUGCUGCUUGAUUUGAUCAGUUUUAGGACUGAUAUCAUUGCAUUCUCCUUGAUGCCUGUUCUGUAUCUAACUGGUAUCAGGAACAAUCCAUUCCAAUAUUUUGGAUGCAUGUCUCACGCAACUAUGAUUAAAUUUCAUAAAUUUAUUGCCAUUAUUUUUUUUAUUUUGGCUGUUGUUCAUUCGGUUAUUUGGACUCACUAUGCAAGAAGUAAGGAUGGUGGGGGGUACGCUGUUUGGGCCGCCGAUGCAUAUUUUUAUUGGGGUAUUGUGGGUACCAUUGUUAUUGGGAUAAUGAUUGGAUUUUCAAUUGAACUGGUGAGGAACUUGCUUUAUGAGGUAUUUUUAUUUUUCCAUUUGUCUUUCUCUGUUUUGUUUGUUGCAGCUAUGUGGAAGCAUUGUGAAACUCUCGGAUGGAUGGGCUGGGUGUACUCAUUGGUUGCCAUUUUGUGUUUUGACUGGGUUGCUAGAUUUACAAGAAUUGCUUCGAAUGGGUUCAUCAAUAGCGCUCAAAUUGAGAUUUAUGGUCCGGAACUAGUUAAAUUGGAGUUUGAAAAACCGGUUGUGAUGAAAUUCUAUCCAGGUUCCUAUGUUUACUUACAUAUCUUGUCGCCGGUAUGGUCCUGCUGGCAGUCCCAUCCAUUUUCUCUCAUCAGAUCUACUGAGGCGGAUAAUAAGAUGAUUGUUUACCUCAAGUGUAAGAGAGGUCUUACAAGACGGUUAUCAAGGUUGAAUGAACAAAAGAAUAUAAACGUGCUAAUUGAUGGUCCUUAUGGUGUACUUCCAGUGAAAACCUCGGAUGAUGAAGGAUUUGAUGAAGUGAUUGGCAUUGGUGGUGGGUUGGGUAUUUCUUCUGUUCUCGCCUUUUUUAAUGAGAGAGCUCGGCAGUCCAAACUUGUUUCCAACUAUAAGCUGAAUUGGCUAAUCAAUGAUUUGAAACAAAUAGAACUGAUUAGCAAUGACUUAGAGUAUUUGAAGAAAAGUGGAAUGAAGGUAACUAUAUAUUACACCAGAUAUGACGACUCAUCUGAAUCUGCAGAAACAGAGAAGGAUACCGACUCAAGCCAUUCGUUUGUGCAAACUGUGCAGUAUGGUAAGCCAUCAAUAGAAACCUUACUGCCACAAUCCUCCUUAAAAAGACGAGUUUACAUUUGUGCUUCAGAAUCUUUAAUACAAAGUGCCCGGCACAACCUAAGUCCUUUAGACGAGUUGAUUGUCGAAAACCACACUUGGUAA